AUGAACGCGCUCAACAUCCUCUCGGGACUGAGUCCUCCACCCACACCCACGCCGCCAGCCACUCCGUCCCGCUCGCGUACUGGAAGCACGACGUCUUCGAACGAGAGGCCCUCCUACUUCGACUCCUUCGACAAGCCUCCGCCACCCAUCUCGAAGCCGCCGUCGUCUUUGUCCUCCACAUCAGCAUGGCUCCUUCCCUCGCGCGUAGCUUCGAUGCUCGUCACGACCCUUGUCGCAAUCCUUGACUUUGUCACCAUCCCCUUUCAGUACCUCCUCGCCGCCCUUUACGAUAACGACGGCAAACUCUCGCUCCUCGUCCCAAUGCGAUCCAUGCGACGCUUGUUCUCGCCCCAACCGGGGGAGCCGACGCCAGAUCUUCCACCAACAAAGCUACAGACACGACCUCGGGGCACAUCUAUCGAGUCCACCUCUUCAGACUUGGUCUCCGAUUCGGACGCCGAACCAUUUGCCUCGUUUGAACAAGGUCCCGCCAGCAACACUCGCUCAAAGUCCUCGACCAAGGACGAAAUAGCUCCGGCCAAACGAUCCAUCCGCAUCAAGCUUCACAACAACGAGGAUGCUCUCCGUCGCAGGCGCCAACGCAAGCCUACCGAUGCCGACAAGUCGGAACAAGACAAGAUCACUGCCGUCGCCAAUUCUUUGAAGUCGCCCUCAAACUCGGCUGCUACAAAACUCAAGUAUCCGCGUGCGCCUGCUCCUCCACGACCACUCGUGCCGAGACGACAGCCUUCUUAUGUCAUGACUUAUAACCCUGAACCGCCCAAGAAGACGCUCAUCAUCGACUUGGACGAAACUCUCAUCCACAGCAUGGCCAAAGGAGGUAGAAUGAGCACUGGUCACAUGGUCGAAGUCAAGAUCCAAGGCCCCAUCGGAGGCAAUGGCAUGGCGCUCGGUCCUCAGGUUCCCAUUUUAUACUACGUACACGAGCGCCCGCACUGCCACGAUUUCUUGCGCAAGGUAUGCAAAUGGUACAAUCUCAUCAUCUUCACUGCAUCAGUGCAAGAAUACGCAGAUCCCGUUAUAGACUGGCUCGAACGAGAACGCAAAUACUUUAGCGGCAGAUACUACCGCCAACACUGCACUUUCCGCAAUGGCGCAUACAUCAAAGACUUGACGCAGGUCGAGCCUGACCUGAGUAAGGUUAUGAUUCUCGACAACAGCCCUUUGAGCUAUAUUUUUCAUGAAGACAAUGCUAUCCCGAUAGAAGGCUGGAUAAGCGAUCCAACGGAUAACGACCUUUUGCAUUUGGUUCCCUUGCUCGAAGGCCUGCAGUAUGUGACGGAUGUACGAGCUCUUUUAGCAUUGCGGCUUGGACAAGCGGAACGUACAUAA